CCAAUACCAAGCUAGGAAGUGCUGAGGGGGAUUCAAAGAUCGCUGCUACAGACGAAGAAGGAAGAGGUACAGCAGACAUGGACUCCCGACAGCGCACGCAGUCGCCCAUCGUGACGGGCACGUCGGUGAUUGCACUGAAGUACAAGGGCGGUGUAAUGAUGGCGGCGGACACUCUGGGAUCGUACGGAUCGCUGGCGCGCUUUACGGACCAGCGCCGACUCACGGCAGUGCACAACACGACGCUGCUAGGCGCGGGUGGCGACUUCAGUGACUUUCAGUUCAUCAAGGACAAGAUGGACGAGCUGGAAGUGUACGACUUUAACCAGGACGAUGGAUGCGACACCACAGCGCCCGAGAUCUACCACUACCUGCAGCGUCUACUCUACCACCGCCGCAAUAAAUUUGACCCGCUAUGGAACACCGUCGUGGUGGGCGGCCUCAACCCGGAAACGGGCAAGCCCUUCCUGGGCCAGGUCACCAUGAUCGGUCUGGCUUUCGAGGGCGACUACAUCGCUACGGGUUUCGGCCACCACCUCGGCAUGCCGCUGCUGCGCAAACACUGGCGGCCUGACAUGGAGGAGACUGACGCGCGCAAGCUGCUCGAGGAUUGCAUGCGUGUAUGCUUCUACCGCGACUGCCGCACAAUCAAUCGUGUCCAGUUCGCCAAGGUCACGGCUGACGGCGUCACCAUUCCGGAACCUGUCAAGAUGGACACCAAAUGGGACUACGCGCAGUUCGUCAAGACCAAGUCCGAGGUCGGCUCUUCGUGGUAAACAGAGCGAUCGAACGGCAAUUGACGAUGGUGACUGAUGGUGAGCACAGGACGACAAGCAGGCGCGAUCUUCUAUAGCGGUGGCGAAGUUGACCUUGGUGAAGUGCUAGAUUUGAGCCUGCGUCCACCUCAACAGCAAGCCAAACAAUAAUAAGAAACACGUGAGAAAAAGUUAGAAAAGUGUCUGGAUCCUCGUGAUCACAUGCUGUGUAUGACUCUGUUCAGGCCGCAAAGAUCGCGCCUACAUCAAACACGAUGCAUCUAGUCCCUA